AUGGUAGAUCAUUCAACGCCAUCUGUAUCAAUUCCUCCAUUUUCAUUUCACGGUGGGAGCAGUAAUCAAAAUAACCAUAAUGUCGUUCUGGACACGGAUAUCGCUAACUUGGAACAUGAUUUCAAGAAUCAUCCGUUACCCUUGGCUAGGAUUAAGAAAGUAAUGAAAGUUGAUGAGGAUGUGAAGAUGAUCAGCUCCGAAGCACCAGUGAUAUUUGCUAAGGCAUGCUAUAGAACUGACCAUACGCGCAUGGUAAUAAACUGUUUGAGUUGA